UAGAAAACUUUAAGACCAAUUCUUAAGUCUUCUCAAGCUAGCUAAUGAUCCAAUGUUUUGGAUCAGUCGAAACAUUGACAUGUCUCGGACAUAGAUAUAUAUAAAAGGAUUAUCGCUGGGGCGAUUAGAAAUGAGUAAUACAAGAAGGUUUUUGAGAAAAUGGCAGGAGGCGAGUUAGAGUACGGGUCUACACCAUCAUGGGUUAUAGGAGCAGUAGUGUUUCUUAUGGUUGCCAUUUCUUGGGUUGUUGAGAAGCUUCUCAGUUUCGUGGGUCAGAGAUUGAAAAGCAAGGAAAAGAAACCUCUUUAUGAAGCCUUACAAAAGAUCAAAGAAGAGUUGAUGCUGUUGGGUUUUAUAUCUUUGUUUCUUGCUGUUUUCCAAGAUAAUAUUGCAAGUAAGUGCAUACCAGAAAAGUUGGCUAAUGAAUGGACGCCUUGUAAUGAUCACAAGUCAACCAGUAAGGUUACCUCCCAUUUACAAGGCUCUCUAUUUUACAAUGGUGGUCGUCGACUGUUAGCGGAGGAAGUUUCCACCUCUUGUCCGAAGGGAAAGGUUCCUUUUGUAUCAAUUGGUGUAAUCCAUGAUCUCCAUUACCUUGUGUUUAUCUUAGCAAUUGUUCAUGCAGUGAGCUGUACAGUGACAGUCCUUCUGGGAAAAGUCAAGAUAAGGCAGUGGUGGAAGUGGGAGGAAGACAUUAGAAAGCAGAAUUAUGCUGAUACUAACAACGACAGAGUCAUACAUAUCAGAAGCCUUACGUUUUUUAAGGAUCGAUUUGAAGGGGUUGAUGCUAACAAACGAACCUAUGUGAUUUCGUUCUUCAAGCACCUAGCUGGGAUAUUAACAAAAGCGGAUUACACAGCAAUGAGAAUGGGAUUCACGUUGACACAUUGUAACGGGAAUCAGAGGUUUAACUUUCACAAAUACAUGGUGUAUGCUUAUGAAGCUGAUUUUAAGCGUGUUGUCUCAAUUGGUUGGUUCCAUUGGCUAUUUGUGGUUAUUUCUUUGACACUCAAUGUUGCAGAUUGGAACAUAUACUUUUGGAUAUCAUUCAUCCCUCUGAUUCUUCUACUUAUUGUUGGCACCAAACUGGAACAAGUUAUCACGGAGUUGGCUAUCUAUGUAGCACAAAGACAUUCAGUGAUUGUUGGGGAUGUAAGAAUCCAACCAUCAGAUGAUCACUUUUGGUUCAGUCAACCAAAAUAUGUCCUCUAUUUGAUCCAUUUCAUCCUAUUUCUGAACUCAUUUGGGUUUGCAGUAUUUUUUUGGACACUGUUAAAGUUUGGUUAUAAGUCGUGUGUCAUGGGUGCAGCAAAAUAUGUCUAUGCAAGGAUUAUUGUCAUGGUUGUUGUUCAAACUAUUUGCAGCUACAGUACUCUACCACUCUAUGCAAUUGUCACACAAAUGGGAAGUUCGUACAAUGAGGAGGCAAUGACACAAUAUGGCUAUGGGUCUAGCAGCCGCGUCACAGAAAGAAUUUCAGGGGACCCAAAUGGCGUAGCAUCAGUCGAGAUGGCAAAUCAACAGUGAGGACCGCGGAAUUCAUGACACAAACACACACACAGACAUGCGCGAUGAAGCAAAGUAGCAAACUAGCCGAAGGCUGCUUAUUUAUAACAAGUCCCUAUACAUUUUGUGCAUCAAAUCUGUUUGUA